UCAUUCCCAAACCCAACACAGAGACCUCAGACACAACAGCGAUAGCCUGCCUGCACAUUUGUCUGCAUCAUUACUAUCUCACUGACCUGGGGAACCACAUGUGACUCUACAAUAUAAAAAACGGACUUAGAUCAAAAUCUUCCACCUGUAGAAACAAAAGGGUGUACAUCUGCAGUGGGAAAAUGCAUACCUUAAGAGUUCUUCACCCCCCUCCUGUGGCAGAACUACCAACAUUUUCAGAGUUUCGCAUUUUUAAUCCAACAAAGACCAUGCCUCAACUGAAACCCCCACCCCGUUUUUGUCCACCAAGCGUCUAUCUGCAAAGAAGGAACCUCUACUCUUCUCCAGGCCUCUCCUCCUCUCCAGCUUCUUCGAGUGUGCAAACAAUGCUGCGGAGCUGUUUGCGCAGGAGCAGCUCCGGUGGGAAAAAGAAAAGCGUGAGUUUUGCAGACCCACUAAUUGUUGAGCCUCUAUUUACCUCUGAGCCCUCCUCCCCGUCUCCCACGCAAGUAAAGGGACCCUGUCCACGCUUCUUGGAAGGCCAAGAAAAUCCUGAAAACAAAAUCAAGUUUCGUCUGGCUUUCAGUCAGCCUAAAACGGACAUGAGAACAUUCAUUGCACACCUGCAAGAGAGGCACGUGCAAAUGGAAAGCUGCAGCAUCUCAGAGGGCGUCUUGAGUGGCGAAGUUUGUGUUCACCAUUAUAACCCAAUAAAGACUGUAACUAUGAAAAUUACAUCUGACCCACGGAUGAGCCCCAAAGACAUUCCUUGUAAAUUCUUGGAGAAAAGGCUAUGCAAAGGCCUUGAUUUAGACGUGUUUUCCUUUAAAACAAGCUUGCCCCAAAAUGAGGAACUUGAAUUCCACUUCACAUUCAAACCGGGGAAAGGUUUUGCACUUUUCUUUGAUGACAACAUGGGUCAGAAUUACAAAGUGCUUCAGGAAAAAGAGGGAUCAUCUGCCGGCAUGGACAAGCAGUUUUACCCCAAUCUUUCACAGCACAGGUCAAAUGUUUUGACAGAGAUUCCCUAUUAUUACCAAAGACUUGAUAAUUUGAAGUAUUUUAAAAGUCAUUUGCUAGGCAGCAGAACAUUUCAGCCGUUUACGCAUGCAGUCCACUAACCCACUAUGUUAGAUGUCAUAAAACAUCUAAAAUAGCGUUAUAUAAAUGUCCCUCUUGUACUAAAAUAUGCUGCUCUAAUGUAAAAAAAAUGUAUUAUUAAAUUAAUUAAAAUGUUUUUGUUUUUUACAAGUUCUGCAGGAGUGAAAUCAUUUUUUCACAGUGGCAGUGUCACCGUGUUAUGUAGAUUGGGUCAAAUUCCCGUUGUGUUUUCAUCCACCGACAGCUUCUGGGAAAACAGUUUGGAUUGAGGAAGAUGUUCUAGACACUCCCCUGGCUUGAACAUUCUUGAAAUUGUUACAUGCUGUACUAGACAACCGGUUUGGCAAACCCGUGCCAGCAUGUUACAUUGGUUUAUGUACAGACUUGUGUUUAUGGGACAGGGUGGAGUAAUAAUUAUGCAUCUUAGCAACCACAGUGAAAAAGAAUAUUUGUUUUGCUACUUUAUUCAUUCUACCCAGGUCACACCACCCAGGUUUUUUCUUCACUUUCUUUCCCUUCAGGCUAUUGCUGUCCUGAUUCAACCUUUGCAAAAUGUUGUGGAUUUUUAGCAUCAGCUGAUAUAUUGGGAUAGAUCCAUUUACAUCUACUUGAGCCUUUUUGCCUUUUGUCAUUUGUUUGAAGGGAAAUGAUACAUGGUUUUCAUGUUUUUUUAAAUUUAUUUAACAAAUAAAAAUCUGAAAAGUGUGGCCUGCCUUUUUAUUUGGCGCCCCUGAGAUAACACUUUAUCACUUCACACUUUUAUCUGAAAUUACCAGAGUUUUUUGGAAUGUAAGCUCUGUAAGCUUUGCACAUCUGAAUUCUGAAAUAUUUGCCAACUCUUCUUUGCAAAAUAUCUGAAGGUCAGAUUGGACUGAGAGAGUCUUUAAACCCUUUUCCCAUUAAGUAGGAGUAAACCAGUCCCCCAUAGGGGACUGAAAGGUGUUUUAGGAGAUUUUUUACAGCUUAUAGGAGAGGGUUUAACUAACCCUGAUCUAAACUUGACUGGCAUGUGAUGCUGUUUUAUUCAUUAAUGUUUCCUAUCAAACCUCUGAGGCUUUCACAGAACAGAUGUAUUUAUACUCAAAAUUAAACAUGCACGCAGACUGUGCUUAGUAAUUAGGUGAAUACUAAAACAAUGGGAUGCCUUUGUUUGUAUUAGAGUAAAAUUGACAAAAUGCAAAAGCAGGUCACACUUUUCAGAUUAAUUAUUAUAAAACCAUUUAUUUUUUUCACAAUUAGGCACUUAUUUGCAUAAUCUAUCUCAUAAUAUCCAGAUAAAUAGAAUACAUUUAGCAGCUGCAACGUGACAAAAGCUGAAAAAGGUACAGCAGUCAUAAGUAUUGUGCAAGGCUCUGUAUGUCACCCUAGCUCCCGAUAUAGCACCCUAUCCCGAAUAUCCCCAUUCCCAAAUUUUAACAUUGUAGGACAAUAAGGUAUUUCUUAUCUCACCCAACCACAAUAACUUAAAUGCUAAAGGGGGAAGUGAAUGAAUUGCACUCAUGAAGCCAUUAGCAUGCAAUUGGCUUUAUCAAACAUCACACCUUCAACACAUUCAUCAAUCAUUUUGCCAAACAGAUACAAAUAUAACAGGUGCGACUUAAGCUGUUCGCUGUUAUGAAGGAAAGUGUUCUCAGGAAUUAUGAUUCUUUGAGAAACAUUAAAACCAGUUAUAUAAAACAUCAAACAUGACACAUCAAAUCAAAACAAAUCAGAAAAAGACACAUUCUAUACUGUCUCAGGGGCACCCCGAAGCCUCCCUUAGGCACUAGUGUGCUAAAACAACAGGUUCAGGAAUAUUAGACAGCCUCAGUAAACAUAAGCGCUCUAAAGUGUGUACUGUAUUACUGUCAAGCAAUUUGAACAAGUGAUUAAUCACCACGGUCUUUGUAGCUACCCAUGAUUAAUUGGAGAUUUUAAUGCAAGCUGAUUUAUUUGGUUGACUGAUUACAUUUUACUCACAUCAGAGAUUUUUAAUUAUGCUCCAUACAACUGCACAUACAAAAUAAUACAAAAAUAUCUGAAAAGUUGUCCUUGCAAUUCUCGUCCUUGUGUAAAGAGUAAACCUCGACCAGAUGGAAAGUGAGAUGUUGUGUUUUAUGUUUGAGAGUAAAGCACAGGUUAGCAUCCAGUUUAGGUGCCUGAGUUGGGAUUUCUGAAACAUUGCAGGAACUUUAAUGGUUUAGUAAUUACCUGGCCACACCAAGCUUGAUCUUUUAUAUGGGACCUGAAAUAGCAUCGUUCAUUACCAUGGGGCAUUGUUGAGUGCAUUCAUGUCAUGACCGGGCUGAAUGGUCACAACAAAAAGGGUUACACAUAGUCUAUAAAUAUAUCAAAGGAUUGAAUUAUUUUAUAUAAAUUCAAUAAAAAAUAAAGUGUAUUUGUGGAAGUGUGAUAACAUUACAUCCAAGUGGAACAACCUACAAAGCAAAGGAUGGCAGCUUUCCUGUUGGGUAGAGCAGAGACUGGUUAGUUGCAGUAAAGCUUUAAAUAAAUCAAGAACAGACCAAUUUCCCAGGUCUUCCAUAUAACAAUGAUCAGUGUGCAUAUCAAAUGGAAUUUCCCGACCUAACCAAAGAAAUUAUACAUUUGAUGAAAUAGGAAUUUGUAUUCGUAUUUAUAUUAUUCAUUAAUAUAUCCAUACCUGUCAUACUGUAAUAUUGUUUGGGCAAGUGCAUUUUCUAGUUGUACUAGUUAAAAAAAUACUACUUUUACAAAAAGGGUUUGUUCGCUUAGCAACAUUUUCUAAAGUUGAUGCAGCUAGUGCUCCCCUUUUCUCCAAAUUACAGCUGUUCAAUAUUUAUGAAAUUAAUAUUUAUCAAACAUGUAGCUUUGUGUUUAUGAUAAAACAAGGUCAGUCUCCUGAUAGUUUCAAGAAUGAUUUUGUUAGGAACUGCCAAGUGCAUUCUUAUAAUACUAGACAAGUAUUAAAACUCAAGUGCAAUUUUCUUUUCUGCAUCGUUGUGUAAAACUAUUGAAUUAAUAUGGAAAAU